UCUGUUGCGCAACAGAUCAGAAGAAGAGAGAGAAAAAAGUGACAUUAACAGGGAGACAGGAGUCAGAAAUUUACCCAGUCUUAAGACUUAAGGAAAAAGGGGGCAACAGAGGGAGACAGGGGCUGUUCAGUGGGUAGUUGAGAAUGAAGUGAAGAUGCCACCUGUGGCACUAGUUUGAAUCAAGAACAGCCUCCUCUAGUCUGCGUGGCUGCCCUACUUGCCACAUCUGUUGACUACAUUUUUAACACUAAUGGCUUCCAAGAAGAAGUGGGCAGAGCGGAGGGAGUUAAGACGGGAGCGGCCGUUCUCCACCCGGGAUGAUUCAUCUGUUGCAUCCGGGACAUCUGGGCCAGGACGUCCCACCACCAGGGGGCGUUUCUCAGAGUCGUGGAAGAGGCUCAGCUCCAGAGGGGGGUCCACCAAGAGGGGGGUGCUCAACUCUCAGCAGCCACCGGCACAGAAAUCGUGGAUAGAAAGAGCAUUCAGCAAGAGAGAAUGUGUUCAUAUCAUAGUGAGCGCCAAAGACCCCCAUAGGUGCUGUUGUGGUCGUCUAAUAGGUCAGCAUGUGGGCUUGCCACCGGGCAUCUCAUCUAGUCAGAAUGAUAAGGCAGAGCGUUUGGCCAAGAAUGACAGCCUGUCGGAGAAGUGGUCAAUCAGCAAACACACACAGCUCAGCCCCACUGAUGCCUUCGGCACCAUUGAGUUCCAGGGAGGAGGACACUCCAACAAAGCCAUGUACGUACGAGUGUCUUAUGACACCAAGCCUGACCUGCUGCUCCACCUGAUGACCAAGGAGUGGCAGCUGGAACUGCCCAAGCUGCUCAUCUCAGUCCACGGGGGCCUGCAGAACUUUGAAUUGCAGCCCAAACUCAAGCAGGUCUUUGGCAAAGGGCUCAUCAAGGCUGCCAUGACAACAGGGGCCUGGAUAUUCACUGGGGGAGUCAACACAGGUGUGAUUCGCCACGUGGGUGAUGCACUGAAAGACCACGCCUCCAAGUCAAGGGGAAAGAUAUGCACCAUUGGUAUUGCUCCAUGGGGCAUCGUAGAAAAUCAAGAGGACCUUGUUGGCAAAGAUGUGGUGCGUCCAUACCAGACCAUGUCCAACCCGAUGAGCAAGUUGACGGUUCUUAACAGUCUCCACUCCCACUUCAUCCUGGCGGACAACGGCACCACAGGAAAGUAUGGUGCUGAGGUCAAAUUGCGACGUCAGCUCGAGAAACAUAUCUCCCUGCAGAAGAUCAACACACGUGACAUAAUUAAUGAGUCUCUAAGAGACCAGUUGCUGGUGACCAUUCAGAAGACUUUCACCUACAGCCGCUCACAGGCUCAACAUCUGUUCAUCAUUCUCAUGGAGUGCAUGAAGAAGAAGGAACUGAUAACAGUUUUCCGGAUGGGAUCGGAAGGUCAUCAAGACAUCGACCUUGCCAUUCUCACUGCGUUACUCAAAGGUGCUAAUGCUUCAGCCCCAGAUCAGCUGAGUUUGGCUUUGGCGUGGAACAGAGUGGACAUCGCACGGAGUCAGAUCUUCAUCUACGGACAGCAGUGGCCUGUUGGUUCCCUGGAGCAGGCGAUGCUGGAUGCCUUAGUUCUGGACAGAGUUGACUUUGUCAAGCUACUGAUUGAAAAUGGAGUCAGCAUGCACCGUUUCCUCACUCUUUCCAGGCUGGAGGAGCUCUAUAACACGCGCCAUGGACCAUCAAACACGCUGUACCACCUCGUCAGAGAUGUCAAAAAGCAAGAGUAUCCAGGGUUCAGUUGGAUCUACUUCAAGGGAAACCUGCCCCCGGACUACCGGAUCAGCCUCAUUGACAUUGGACUGGUCAUUGAAUACCUCAUGGGCGGGGCAUAUCGGUGUAACUACACCAGGAAGAGGUUCCGAACUCUGUACCAUAACCUCUUCGGACCCAAGAGGCCCAAGGCUCUGAAACUGCUGGGGAUGGAGGAUGACAUGCCAAUCCGAAGAGGUCGUCAGAAGACGACACGUAAACGAGAAGAAGAGGUGGACAUCGAUUUGGACGACCCAGAAAUCAACCACUUCCCUUUCCCCUUCCACGAGCUGAUGGUGUGGGCUGUGCUCAUGAAACGUCAGAAGAUGGCGCUGUUCUUUUGGCAGCAUGGUGAAGAGGCCAUGGCCAAGGCCUUGGUGGCAUGUAAGCUUUGUAAGGCCAUGGCACACGAAGCAUCUGAGAACGACAUGGUGGAUGACAUCUCCCAGGAACUAAACCACAACUCUCGAGAGUUUGGCCAGCUGGCUGUGGAGCUCCUAGACCAGUCCUAUAAACAGGAUGAGCAGAUGGCCAUGAAGCUGCUGACAUACGAGCUGAAGAACUGGAGCAAUGCCACCUGCCUGCAGCUGGCUGUAGCAGCCAAACAUAGAGAUUUCAUCGCUCACACCUGCAGUCAGAUGCUGCUGACCGACAUGUGGAUGGGGCGCCUGCGCAUGCGCAAGAACUCAGGGCUGAAGGUAAUAUUAGGGCUGCUGCUGCCACCAUCGAUCCUGAGUCUGGAAUUCAAGAACAAGGACGAGAUGUCCUACAUGCCCCAGGAUCAGGAGGCCUACCUGCAGGAGAAGGAGGAGGAGGAGCCUGAAAAACCAGUGAAGGAGAAGGAGGAGGAAGACAUGGAGUUCACAGUAAGAUCUUACUGUGAGACGCAGUACAACUCCGUGGCAAUGCUGGGCAAAGUAACCACAGAGACAUCCAGAAAGAAGGAUGUUGAGGAGGUUCAGAACCGCCACCGCCUUAUCCCCAUGGGACGCAAGAUAUACGAGUUCUACAAUGCACCAAUUGUCAAGUUCUGGUUCCAUACGAUGGCAUAUGUGGGCUACCUGAUGCUGUUCAACUACAUUGUCCUGGUCAAGAUGGACUUGUGGCCUUCUCCUCAAGAGUGGAUUGUUAUCGCUUACAUCUUCACCAAUGGCAUAGAGAAGAUGAGAGAGAUCCUGAUGUCUGAGCCGGGAAAGUUGUUACAGAAGGUGAAGGUGUGGCUUCAGGAGUACUGGAACAUCACAGACCUCAUGGCCAUCCUCAUAUUCUCUGUCGGCAUGGUGCUGCGUCUCCAGGAGCCACCGCUCAUGAGUUAUGGACGGGUGAUUUACUGUGUCAACAUCAUCUAUUGGUACAUCCGGCUGCUCGACAUCUUCGGAGUCAACAAGUACCUGGGUCCCUAUGUGAUGAUGAUCGGCAAGAUGAUGAUCGACAUGAUGUAUUUUGUGAUCAUCAUGUUGGUGGUGCUGAUGAGUUUUGGGGUGGCACGUCAGGCCAUUCUCAACCCUAACGAAGACCCAUCCUGGAUGCUAGCCAGGAACAUCUUCUUCAUGCCUUACUGGAUGAUCUACGGAGAGGUGUUUGCCGACCAGAUUGACCCCCCCUGUGGGCAGAACAUCACUACAGAGGACGGUGUGGUGGUGGCUCUGCCUCCGUGCAAGACGGGUGCUUGGAUUGUUCCAGCGAUCAUGGCCUGCUAUCUGCUGGUGGCCAACAUACUCCUGGUUAACCUGCUCAUUGCUGUGUUCAAUAAUACAUUCUUCGAGGUCAAGUCCAUCUCCAACCAGGUGUGGAAAUUUCAGCGCUACCAGCUCAUUAUGACCUUCCAUGAACGUCCGGUCCUUCCUCCACCUCUCAUCAUAUUCAGCCACAUAACUAUGGUCCUCAAGCACCUGUGUUGUCGAUGGCGCAAGCAUGAUGACGAUGAAAGGGACUAUGGACUGAAGCUUUUCAUCACAGAAGACGAACUGAAGAAAGUCCAUGAUUUUGAGGAGCAGUGUAUAGAGGAGUACUUCAGAGAGAAAGAUGACAGAUUCCACUCCUCCAAUGAUGAGAGAAUCAGAGUCACUUCUGAAAGGGUGGAGAAUAUGGCGAUGCGUUUAGAGGAAGUCAAUGAAAGGGAACACUUCAUGAAGGCAUCACUACAGACUGUUGAUAUUCGUCUGGCCCAAAUGGAAGAGCUAAUUGGACGAAUUACUGUAGCGCUGGAGCGCAUGACUGGUGUCGAGCGCGGGGAGGUCCAAAAAGCACGUUCUCGGACUUCGUCUGACUGCACAGACUCUGCAUACAUACUCCGCCAGGCUGAGUGCCCUGAAGCCGCAUACAUUCUCCGUCAAAGCAGCUUUAACAGCACAGAGGGGAACUGCUACCGCCUACAGGAGGCUCUAGAGGGAACAGCUGAGGGUUCCAUGUCUCCUCCUUCGCCCACUGGCAUAGCAACACGGACCAGAAGUCAUUCAUUUUAUGUUGGAGCUGGUCGUGCUGCUGAACGGGGAAGUAGAGCUGAGCGAGCUGAAAGCUUCUUCAAAGACCGCUCCCUCAGUCUCCACAGAGCCAACAGCUCACAAUCUGUGUCCUCAGCUGCCGGCCCCAAGGAGUCUAAGCCCCUCCCACUGGCGACGUUAUCGGUCUCCCAGCAGCACCGUCCGUCAUCCUGCAUUGAUAUCUAUGUCUCAACGUCUGAAGAGGUGGGGCCUGCGGAGGUCUUUCUAGAUCCUCUCCGUAUGGUCCCACCUCUCCAGAGAGACUCCUCGCUGCAGUCAGAUAUAAUAGAGACGGUGCUGCCUGGAGGCCGGGAGUUCAGCAGCGCUGCCACCAGCGGUUUGGGCGACAGGCACUCGGAGGGUGGUGCAGGCAGCAGCGGAACUGCUGGAGCUAUGUUUGAUGACAGUGCUGCAGCUGAUUUGUCAUUAUGCUCAGCACAUCUCUUACCAGACAGCACUUUACCUCCUUGGGAUAUGGAACCAUCCCCACCUCCCUCAGCAGGGCUGCUCGAACGUUCUAAGAGCAGCCGCUACCUCUCUACCGCAGGCACGGGAUUCCUGGAUGAGCCUCCUCUGGUCAAGUCACACAGCCUCAUGUUCACACCAAGAAGCUGUUAUAGUGGGAUUGGGGCCGGAGUCCAGGUAAAGGCCGCGGAGUACACCAGCAUCACUGACUGCAUCGAUACACGCUUCGUCUCAUCUCCAUACACCCCCGCAGAACGCUCGCAGUCACCUGGAGGUUCCACUUCAUUCCCCUUUGAUAAGCCGUCGGACGUUGGUUCCUCUCAUCCAGAGAGAGAAGCAGAGCUUAGUCACACAGAGUCUGAUCCUGAGGACCCUGAUGACCUGGUUCCACCCCCUGAUACCCCUCGGCUAGGGGUCCUAGGUGGGCCCAGUGGGGCCCCUCUCUGCUCCCCCUUCUCCAAGCUGGAGCGAGCAAACAGCUGCUCGUCAGACGACUCCCAUCCUUCGCUCACACUGGCUCCUCCGCACCGGAAGAGCCUGUCGGUGAGUGAGAGGAUGGAGAGAGGACCAGGUCUGGGGGCAGACAGGGGGCCUGGGCCUGGGGGGCGGGGUCUGGCAGGAACCAGAAACCCCUUCCUCAGGAGCAAGUCUGGAGCAAGGCCUGACACAGCCAAAACGGACAGCCUCUCAAUGAGGAAGCUGGCAGCUCCGUCGGCUUUCCGCAGCUUCGAUAGACAAAACUACACGUGACGAGGAUGUGUAAGUGCACUUGCACACUGUUAGGACCAGAGAGGAGUAUUGUGAGGGCCGAGGGCUAAAGUGAUAGCAGGGUGAAGUUGCCCUUAGAUGCUAAUCUGGACGAGAUCUAAGGUUGUUUUUUUUUCCUGCGUUAUAUCUCAGAUUAGAAAAAUGUAUUCAUAGUCAGUAUUGAAGGGCAGCUUUACUCUGAAUCAUGAAUCUGCAGAGAAGGAUUGGAGAUAUAGGGGUCCUACUGUACACCAGUCAAAACAAAGAGCUAUGAAUCUAGACUAGUUUUUACCUCUUGUAGCUAAGUAACUCUCAGUUUGGUGUUAUGGCAAUGGAAGGUGUAUUCGUACUGUAUGUCUUCCACCCACCACCUUUACUUCAAGUAGACAUCUUUCACUGUGUUACAUCACAUAUCAGUCACACUAGUCACACACAAAGUAUACUGUUACUCCUAGCAGCUUUAUAUGGUAGACACUGUCAAGUCUGAGAGGCCAAGGGAGAGGAGAAAGAAAGAAAAGACACCCACCUCUUUUGCCAACAUAGAGUCAUUACUACUGCAAAACCUUACCUUCAAAUACAUUUUCCCUGCUUCAUAUAAUCCUAACUCACAUAAACUCAACCCAGAAAGACACUAACAUUUCUGGCCACUUUGUGAAGAGAUCAGAAGUCUUUGGACUUCACUGCACCUCAAAUUACCUCUAAGUACUCAAUCUUUCACAUAAUAAAUAAAUAUUUCAUUUUUGAAGGAUACAGUUCUUUCUCUUCUGUUUGUAUAUUGUAGCAUCAGAGAGGAAACGGCUAAAGCACUCAUCUUUGCCAGAAACAAAGCAGCAUUUGAACACACUGCAGUCAAAAAGUCAGCAUGCCACCAUGUAUCUCCUGCGGCCAUGCUUGAGGCACUGUCCUGAGGCAUCAUGUAAGGGCAUGAAAGAGAAAGGCACUCUGCGUAUGGUGACAUCCUCAUGUUUAUCCGCGCACACACUUGGUCAGUGAAAUCCUACAUAUCACUUGGAGAGAUACCUUAGUUUAUACCUGACUCCAGAGAGCUUUUACAAGUGCAAUUGCAAUAGAUGGGGACAAGGGGGCGUUAUGAGCCUGUGUGAGAAGCAACGCUUGCUGGGCAAACCUGAUGUGAACCUUAGUUGCCCGCACCUGACACCAAAAAUCUUUUCACUCCAAGAAUCGUAGCUCUCUUGUAGCCCAGCCCUCUUCCUUCAGGUUUCGGCAGUGGCAUUAUUUUUGAAAUGGAUUUUACAUCCGCCUGCACCUAACAGAUCCGUCCUUCAUCUAUCCAAUAACUGUCAUCCAUUUGUUUUUCUCCUUUCAUUCUUUUUUUAAUUGAAUUCAAAGCAGGUCACUGCAAAAAAGAGGCUUAUUUUAAAAAAAACACACAAAAAAGCAGUUGCCUAAUACUAAAACAAAUGUUGAAAUAAGCAUACAGAUCAUAUUGAAGGACCUUGAAUUUAUUUCUGAUUGAUUUAUAUUUGGAAAAGCUUCGGAAUGAGUUGCCAAGUAUACACAUUCUAGCAGAGAUUUGUUAAGAAAGGCAUGCAUUUUAAAGCGGCAUGAAGGAGGAAACAUAGGGUCAUUAACAUUAAAAGAUGAAAGCCAGAUCAGUGUUUUUAAAAAAGUUCUCAUUUUUUUAUUGUAAAGAAAGAAGUCUGAAAAAGAAGAUGUCUUUUUCCGAUAGCUUUGUAAAGACAAAAUAGCUUCAAUCAAUAGAAUUCUUACUGAUUUUUAAUGUUUGUUUUUAUAUUUUCUCACUCUUAUGAUUCAGUUUUAAUCAUGUUGCUCUUCUUUUGAGAUUGAUUCUAUUUAUUGACAUUUUCUUGCUCCUUAUUGAUAAUUGCAGUAAAUGCCUGUUUGAAUUACAAAAAUCAAUAUUUAUAUCUUCUCAGUGAUAUUUUUGUCGAGUAUUUUCUAAUUAAGCUUUUCAAUUUAAUAAAAGAUGACCAUCUACAUGCACUAAAUGACAAUGUAUUAUAUUAUUUAUUAAAUAUAUAGACUUGUCUGAUAUACUGUACAUUUCGAUCAUAUUUAAAGUAUUUAAAGUAGUUUUUAUUGUAUGUUUUAUCAACCAGCUUAUGAGAAUUUUCUAAUGUUGACAAGGCAAUACAUAGUUGCCAGUAUACCAAACUUAGGGUGCCUUUUGGGCAUGGAUGGAGUAUGUGGGGACUGAAGUGAUUCAUAAAUCUGUGAAUUUCCUCUUUUAAUCUUUGUCUUCUGCUGUCAAGAGGCCAAAAAAUCAGUGGUUAUGUUCUCACAGACAUUUGUUGUUCUCUUUGGACACAUCUGAUGUACAGAGUGGGGGAAUUGUUGUUAUCUGUAAACUGUAUCAUUGCUUGUAUGGGCAUUUAUUUGAAUUUCUUCACCAGAACACAUAAAAGAUUUCACUGACAACAAUAACUUUGGAGGAUAAGAAAAAAACCAAACCUGCGCAAGAAAACGAGGGUGAGGAUGUAAUAUAAACAGUAGGUGUCAUUGCAGUAACUGGUCUUUCUUUCUUGAAUUGGAUUAAAUCAUGUGGUACUACCCAAAUCUAAUGAUUCAGGACUGUUAAAAGCCCCCAGGUGAUGUCUCUUAAUUUGAAAGAUACAAAAGACCUUAAACAACUGUGGUCCUGGGCAAAGCACCACACCACGUGACCAGUUACUUUUCUAGGUAGAAUCUGGAGAUUGUCCCUUUAACCUUGUAAUCACAACAGAAGUUGCAGUUAACCCCAAUUGUGUGCAGUGGCUGGAUGGCAAACCUAAAAGAUGAGAGUUUUAAUUUCCUCAACACAUAUGUAAGUCAUAGCAUAGUUUAAAGAUGAAGGUCAGUGCUCAGGGACAACAUUACCCCAGUGAUGCAAGAUGGAAAGUUAAUCGUUGAAAGAAAGAAAGAAAGAGUCCAGUAUAAUCACUGUGCUUAAUGAGUCUAACCCAGAAUCUUUUUGAUCAUAGAAAAACUAUAUAUUUUUGUGUUUAGGUGUUCAGAAAUGGCAAUACAAUGCAUGAAUGUCUUCAUACCUGAUCAACUUGUUCUACCACAAAAGUUGAAAACACCAACAGUACAAACAAAAGUGAGGAAUGUUUUUGCAGUCAUGCUUAGUUGACUCUUGCAUUUUGAACCAAACCGAACUCUGUCAAACCAAAUGGAAACACGCUGAGUCACAGCUGUUGCAGACGGGAUUAACUAGGCAGAGGUCACCUCAGUCGUUGCAGGGCCAGUCAGAAAACAAGAUGGCCGCGUUGGAAUGAAAGUUCAUGCCCUGCUAUUUGACCUUACAUUCUCUUUUAUUCUUUCCAAAGUUCCUUAUCCUCAUGUACGAGAGAGCAUACAUGUCCAAGGCAUGUAGAAACUCAUUAAGGUUCGUACAUGAUUGUGUUUGCGAUAUGCUGACGAGACUGUUGUGGAAGGUACUGACAGGAGGCAUGUGUGUGUGCGUAUGUUUGUACGUGCGUUUAAUUAAACUGCGUGUGAAUCGGAAGUGUAGAUGACACUAAUAACUGGGAGGCAUGCCAACACAACACAACCCAACAGAAUCUUAAUGUACAGUAUUUUUUAAAUAUUUUACUACACUGUCUCUUAAAGUUUUGGGGAAUCAUGAGCAUAUGUGAUAAUAAUAAUCAACAGAUUUGCUUCCCUCCUAUGAAACCUGUGACUCGUAAGCUUUAGAGUAUCACGCACAUGUUUUUUCUGCAAUAACUUCUGAUGUUGUUCGACUAAAAGGGACUUAUCCCUCUACUGGUCACACUUUAUUUAAUGUCCUUUAAAUGCAUGCAGUUCUUCCACUCAGAGUGUACAGAGAUGAUGUGUAAUGAUGACUGAGAGAAAGAUAAAGAGAGAUUAUAAUAUGAAAUUAAAGUAGUGAGUAUUUGGAUGCAAAUACAAAUCUGUAUUCUUCAAUGUGAAUAGGAUCAUGUCUGGCAUGCAUUGUUAAAUAAACAAUUAAAUAGA